AGCGGGUGGAAUAGUGACAAUAUAUUAUUAUUUAGCCCACUAGCGGGAGGAUUAAAGUCCAUAGAUUAUUAUUUACCCUGCUAGCGGGAUAAAUGCAGAAUUUUGGCUAUUUAGCCCGCUUAUUUUCAAAAAUCACGAAAGUGUGUAACAAUUUAAAUGACAGGUUAUGUUAUGUUAAUAAAUAUACGCAUAGCACAGUAUGGUUUCUGACUUUUUUUAUCCAAACAUGGGAGGUGUAGAACAACAUAUUUUUAAUUUAUCUCAAUGUUUAAUAGAAAGAGGUCACAAAGUUGUUGUAAUGACACAUGCGUAUGGAGAUCGUGUAGGAAUUCGUUACAUGACAAACGGAUUAAAAGUUUAUUACUUACCUAUUAAAGCAUUUUACAAUCAGUGUGUUCUACCAACAAUGAUUUGUUCCAUUCCAUUGAUACGAUACAUUUUUUUACGAGAACAAAUACAAAUCAUUCACGGACAUUCUGCAUUUUCAGCUUUGGCCCAUGAAGGAAUGUUAAUUGGUCGAUUACUGGGACUAAAGACUGUCUUUACUGAUCACUCACUGUUCGGUUUCGCAGACGCUUCUGCAAUUUUAACGAAUAAAUGUUUAGAAAUUUCUCUAGCGGAUUGCAAUCAUUGCAUAUGCGUUUCGCAUACUGGGAAAGAAAACACUGUUUUGAGAGCGAAAGUUCUGAAAGAAAGAGUUUCAGUUAUUCCCAAUGCCGUGGACACUGCUCAUUUUACUCCUGAUAUCAGUAAAAGAAGUAAAGACUAUAUUACGAUUGUUGUGAUUGCUAGAUUAGUUUAUCGUAAGGGUUUAGAUCUUUUGGCACAAGUGAUACCGGAAAUUUGUGCACGUCAUCGAGAUGUUCACUUUCUCAUUGGAGGUGAUGGACCAAAGAGAUGGCUUAUCGAGGAAAUAAGGGAGAGAAAUUUAUUGCAACAUAGAGUUACACUUUUAGGAAGUUUAGAGCACUCUCAAGUGAAACACGUUUUGAAUAAAGGACACAUAUUUUUAAAUACAAGUCUCACUGAAGCCUUUUGCAUGGCAAUUGUCGAAGCCGCUUCCUGUGGACUACAAGUCGUGUCAACGAAGGUAGGAGGCAUUCCGGAAGUUCUACCUCCCGAUUUGAUUUACCUCGUUGAACCAACAGUACCUGCUUUAGUCGAAGGACUCGAGAAAGCGAUAGCAGAUUACAAAUUGGGAAUAAAUCUUAGCUCUGAGAAAGUGCAUAAAAAAAUAGAGUCCUUUUAUAACUGGUUCAAUGUUACGAAACGAACGGAAGUCGUUUAUGAUUUAGUUCUUCAAGAAGAAUUGAAAAAUUUUGGUCAACAACUAGCCAGUAAUCUGAAAAGCAAUGUGUUUGCUUAUCUUCUAGUCAUUUCACUCUGCUACAUAAUAUUGCAGGCACUCGAAUACUUCGUUCCAAGAACGUACAUCGACAUCGCGGAAGAUUACAAAAGAAGAAGUUUUAAAAUAAAAAAGGCAUCCCAAUAAACAAAUUAGUAGCACAAGAAGACAAAUAUUUAGUUUCUUGGAUAACUAAAAGUAUUCUUUUUUAUAUUAUUUAUUAUGUAGGUACUUUUAUAUUUGUUUUACAAUUUGUACAUUGUUGUAUAAUAAUUGUAGAAAUGUUACUUACGAAAAUAUUACAAUAAUUCAAAGUAACCAAAGAAAAGGUAACUGAAAGUACAUCUUUGAAAAAGAAAACUACUUUUAAUUAGACAUAAAUUUAGAACACCGAUAUUGUACUUUUCAUAAUUUCACUGGAUUAGUGGAUAAAAAGGACACGUCAAAAAUACCGUAAGACUGGGUUAUUUCGCUCAUUGCGGGUAAAGUCGCUCAUCAAGUUAGCUGCUUUAAAUUAUAUCAGGGUGUCUAACAGUCCUGGAAUUUUAAAACAAAUUAUAAAAAAUAGAGCAUAAACGGUGCCAUUUCUACUCUAUUUUUUAAAAAAUAGGACAGAAAUUAAAAUGGCGCCGUUUUUGCUCUGUUUUUUAGUUAUGGAAAUCUUUUAAGGGUGUCAUUGGAAAGUUAUGUAAAAGUCAGGGAAUUGUACUUUUGUAAUUUGUUAGACACCCUAUAUAUAAACUAAAUUAUGAUACUUAUAUGAACAAAUUCAACAUUUUAACUUGGUAAUAAGUGUAUCAAAUUUUAUUUUAAAGCUAUCUUGAAGCAAAUAACUUGGUGAGCUCAUACUUAAGGGGUUACACCACCUUGAACGCAAAAAAUUUUUACGGUUUUAAAGAAAUUUUCUUUACGAAACUGUUAAAGAUAUAACUUUUUCAUGCACUAAUGACAUAAAGUACAAGUAUUUAAGUUUUCAAAAAAUCAAAGAACAUUAAGGGGAUACAUAUCUUUAUGCUCGUAAAAAAUAAGAAAUUUUCAACAAAAAAAUUUAUCCGUUUUAAAAAAUUUUUUUAAAACGAAAUUUAUUUUAUCGAAUAGUACAUAUUUCGAUGUACUUUUAAAUAAUUUUUUAUUAAAAAAUAUUUGUAAUUGUGACAACUAGACAACAACAAUUGUUUUUUUCCUCAAAAAUUGUGAUUUUAGGGCUUUUAAAUUUGGCUUUUUGACCAAAAAAAAUAUAUAAAUUUUGAUUCAAAUUAAAGUUCCUUCGUUCACGCAUUAGCAAUUGUAUAUGUAUAAAAAAAACCCCUGAAAAUUUCAGCUCGAUCGAUUUAAGGUAUCACAUCGGUAAAACCGUUUUCCAUAAAUUUUCUUGAAAAUUUUACCAU